AUGGCGAAUCCGCGGCGGUACCACGCCGGCUGCGUCGAAGGCGGCCUGGGUCCUCAGGCAAACCUCGAUGGCUUCGCCGGCCUCCAGCCAGAGGACCAAACCAAGGCCCAGGAGUUCUGUGAUCACCCGGGCGGGGUUUCGAGAGCGGAAUACGUUGAGACAGUUCGACAGGCCAAACGGCAACGGCGACGGGCCGCGGACCCAGGAGAUGCCAACCUGCCCGCGGGGGAGGCCAACGAGUACUUCGACGAGCUACCAGAGGACCAGAACCCAACGAUCCACGACACCGGCGCGAACACGUACGCCAACAGCAUCAACGCCAGCACCAAGUCCAGCACCGCGAUCAACAGCAGCAAUGCUGACAAGGACGCUUACAAUGAUGCCAGCAGCAUCGACGCUGGAAGGUUGCAGCUUUUUCUGAAAACUCUGACGGGGAAGACCGUCGUGCUCAACGUGGCGGCCAACUCCACGAUUGGGGACGUCAAGGCGAGCAUCCACACCUCCCAGGACAUCCCACCAGACCAACAACGCCUGGUUUCCAGCAACAAGCAAUUGGAGGACAGCCGCACCCUUGCGGACUACAACAUCAAGAAACACGCAACGAUGCACUUGAUGCUCCGCCUCCGCGGUGGUGGACCAGAAACCCUGCUCACGGCAUUACAUUCGUGCCAGCGCCAUGCUUGUCCACUCUUCGGUGCCGUGGCACCAGGCGCGGGCCGAUGCCCAUCCUGCCACCAGGAACGGCACUUGCAGGCACCAGCGCCGCCACCUACGACGCCGCAGCCUUCGUCAAGUUUUUCGAGUGCCUGCCUGCCAGCCUCCAUGGACCUGGAGGGUGAGACCACUCUGACGCAGCAGGCCGCCGCUCUCAAUAUCGAAGCCCCGCCUGACCUGCCCCGCGCUGCGCGACGAGACGCGCUGCAAACCACCACAGCAGCCAUGGACGCCGAUGCUCAGCCCCCGCCUCGCACGACCAUCACCGACUCCGAGUUGCAGGACUUCUUCGAGCAAGAGGCCCUCCGGUACUUCGCACUCGUUCGUGCCAGCAGCCUCACCCAGCCCGACGACGUACGGCGCACCACCAUCGAGUCCCCUAGCAACUGGGAGCGUCUCGAGCACAUCCUGCAUCGACUCGCUUACCGUCCAGAAUCCGCAGACCCUUGGACUGUGCUCGGCCUCGGCCCCCUCGAUGGCCCGGAACCCGAGGAGGUGGACAUCUGCGCCCGCACGCGGGCGGCUCGCACGCUGUGUUCUCUCGCGCGAGACAUGGCGUGGGAAGAGGGCGACCUUCGCAAGGCCCAGGCCGUCGAUGCAACCUUCGUCGCUGCUGGUGCCAAGUGCGAGGAGCUGCUCGCAGAAGCCAGGCGCGCGCGCUGCCGCACCCGCCCGGCCAAACUCCCCCGGUGGAAGGAGCUGGGCACGAACGCGCUUGCGGCCGUCUCGUCCCAUCUCGCCCCUGGCAACACACAGUUCGUCACGCAAUGGUCGCAGCUCUUGGAUGCUACCACCGACCGCUCGCAGACCAUCCAGUCCCACCGGCAGCGCAGCGCUCUGUUGGAGCAGGGCGACGAGCAGGCCCUGCGGCUGCUUGCAGGUCAGAGGGUCCUCGCCUGGGCACCUGAGAGCAAAGAUGCCCUUGGCAGGAUCCACGCGCAGCUUCUUCGGUCCGAGCCCGACUGUGCACCAGAGGCCCUCUACCUCUUGGCGCCCGUGCCGCACUUCUAUGGGGUCGACACCGCUGCCAAGCUCCUCGACCUCUGGACUCACCCCCUGUUAGGGGAGAGGUUCGCCGCCACAGUCAGGAACGUCACGAUCGUCGUGCAGCCACUGGAAUACGUGCUUCCCAGCCCCCGUGGGCCGCGGCAUGUCCGUCAAGGGCUCGCCUGCUUCCACCUGUCGCCGAGCGGGCUUCGCACCGCCCCCAGCGUGGCUACCCCGCUCACACCCCUUCUGCAGGUGGAGGAGUACAACUCCUUCAUCGUGGACGCGCACACGGACCACGUCCCCGAGAUCAUGCGAAAACUCGCCGACCCGCGCUACGCUGGCAUCUUGCGUCUCUCCGACAUGGCCAUGGAGAUGCGCAUGCGGGACAUCAAGCGCCGCGUCCUGACGAUCGACAGCUACAUUGGCCUGAAGUCCUUGUACACAGACCCGAACGUCAGCUCGCUCUGCUCGCAGCUGAUCUUCCUUACCAGCGAUAGGGUCCUGCUGCUCGCGGGGGCCUCGACGGAAACGCGGGCGCAGUUGCUGAACGACGCGGCGAAGGAGGACGAGGCGCUCACAAUUACGUGCCUCCGCUGGAAGCUUCGGAACAAUGGCGAGAUCGGCCAUGACAGCAAGGGGGUCAUCAGCAGACUGCUGCAGCACGCCUGCCACGACCAGGCUCUGGACCUCCAUCCAGCGCAAGACGCGCGCCGCCCACAGAUCGGCACUUGGGUGCACCUCUUGGACCUCAACCCCACCGCCCCCCCAGGCCACGCGCGGGUGUACCUGGGCAGCAGCGCUGACGUUCGCAAAGUCUACCAGGCGUUGCAUGGGCAGGUCCUCAAGAUCGGCACCGACACGGUCUCCAUCACUGUGCUGAACGACGCUCUGGAGGCGCUGUUCGCGACGAGCCCGUCGUCUUUUAAGAAUAAGUCUGGGUACGUGCACAAGCUUAUGACUACCGGCGACGUCGGCCUCUGGACGGAGACGCACGGUACGGCAGGCGGCAAUGCUGUCUGGGCGAAUCCGGUUGGUUGCCAGUCACGGUGGGCCCCUGGACCCACCGCUGCUGCUGCUGGGGUGGGAAUCAUUGUCCAGAACGAGUUCCUCGCCCUCUUCGACCCCGCACCCACGUGGGAGAUCAUUAUGCCAGGUCGAGCUGCCAGGCUCCGUCUACGGGGCCCGCUCGGCAAUCUCGAUUUGCAUGUCAUGUACUUUCACACGGGCUGCGAGGUCAAGCGCCGGGAUGCCAUCGACGCCGGCUUGGAUGACAUGGACCCCCUGCCGCCUUUUUUAGAACUACGGGAGGCGCUUCGUCGGCGCCUCUCCACGCACAUCGCUUCGAAGGAUACUGCGCUCAGCAUCCUCGGCGGCGGCAUGAAUUUCGUGGAGGCCCGCUGGGGCGCUCUGGUUGCACGGCCGCGCGGGCUCCACGAACUUUACCAGCCCAACAUGACGUACGCAUCGCCCAACGCACGCUCUCGACUCGACAGGCUGCACUGCAAUCAGGAGCACGCGCACUAUCUGGACUACAACAUGUCUUGCGCGGCCCUGCAGCGGUGCCCCAAGGAGCUAUCCCGCCACAGGGCAGUCAGUUUCCGCCGCGCGCGGCCGUGCCGCGACGCAGCAUUCUUGCAGCCGCUCGCCGACCACGUCGUCGACCACCCCGGCUGGCCAUCUAAGGUGGCUUUAGCUCUUGGGGAGCUGCUCGACCAGGAUCCCGAUGCAUCUGCUUUGAAAAAGGUGCCGUUGCUCAAGGAGGAAAUGCGGUCUGCUGCCACCCACCUGGAUAUGCACGCGCCCAAUGUCACAGGCGCGUUGACCACGGAGGAUCGGCUGGGAACGACGAUGCGAUUCUUGCGAGCUUCGGAGCGGCAGUCUCCGAGCACGAUCGGUUCUUGCAUCUCCCGCAACCCCGCCUUGUGCACGAUGGUCGACAACCCGUGCGACUUCACCGCCCCGCCCCAGGCGCGGCUCAGACGCAUCCGUCAGCACGCGCUCGACCUGGCGCGCGACCACUCGCUCGAGGAGCUCAAUCAGUUGCACGGCGAGUUAGCGAACCUACCCCCCGAGCAAGCCGCGCAGCGCCGCCGACGGCUGCGCGACCUUCGCGAUCUGGGCCGGCAGGGCCACGCGACCACCGACCCAUCGGCGAUGGCCUCCACCCUGCGGGACCACUGGUCGACGGUGUUCGCGGCCCAGGACACUGACGCAGACUUGCGCGCACGAUGGUUGCGCGAGGAGGCGGAGCACAUCCCGCCAGACGCGGCACGACGCCGGCCCUUCGCCACGCCUACCCGGGACCAUUUCAAGAAAGCCCUCCGCUUCUCGAAGAGUAGCGCCCCAGGCCCGGACGGCGUUGCAUUCCGGGCGUGGCGCAAGCUUGGCGAUUUAGGGACCGACGUUCUUCGCGAGGCGUUCUGCCUUCUCACCUCCGACGCUACGCUGGGAGCACUUGAUAGGGAUUGUCACGCCUUCAACGAGAGCCUCCUUGUCUUCUUGCCGAAGAAGCCUUCCCACGAGAUAGAGGACGGCAUCCUAGCCUACGAAGCGCCCAACGCCAGACCGCUCAACAUCACAAAUGCUGACAGCCGGCUUAUCUGCAGCGCGCUGCCGAACUUGUUCGACAUCGCUACGGUCGCAAAGUGCCGGGUGGUCCGGCGGGGGAACGCGGGCCAGGGCGGCUUGGACAUCGUGCGUCGCCACAGGGACAUGGAACGAGUUAUCGGGGACAGCUCAUUCAUGCAUCGUCUGGCUCACUGGCGCGAGUGGGUCGACGCCAACAUCCUUGCGAACUUGGCGCGCGCAUGCGCCAGGCUACAGCGGGCUGCCCAGAACGAGUCCCUUACCGCCUCCGCCCUGCUUCGCGGGCAAUCGCCGCGCGACGUGGCCCAGAAGGACUGGCAGAAGACGGUCGUCCUCCGCUUGGGGACCGGUGAGCGGGAGUUGGUCUACCGUGAGCUCCUUGUGACAGACGUCAUGGGGGCGCCGCCGACGCCGCAGAAGCACUCCUACAGUACGCACGCGAGGCGGCCGCUGGUCACCAUGGCCUCCGUCGCGUACUGGCUGCCACGUGGGCCCGGUAGCGCGCGGCUGCAGCCCGCGGGCGGCGCGUGA